GUCAAAUCCUCCUCCAACCAAUGAAAAGCGGCCCGUCAGCAGGUCCCGGAUCAGGUUGAACUCUCGGAGCAUCUGCUGCUCUUCUCUCCGAUAUCCAACAUUAGAAAUGGGACGCAGGAAGUCAAAGAGGAAGCCUCCUCCCAAGAAGAAGAUGACAGGUAACCUGGACACCCAGUUCACCUGUCCCUUCUGCAACCACGAGAAGUCAUGUGACGUCAAAAUGGAACGGCCUCGAAACACAGGAAUUAUAUCAUGCAGCGUCUGCUUAGAGGAGUUCCAGACACCUAUCACCUAUCUGUCGGAGGCGGUGGAUGUUUACAGCGACUGGAUCGACGCCUGUGAAGCAGCCAACCAGUAGUCACCAGUAGUCCUGUUUCCUGUUUCCUGUUUCCUG